UAGCCGGUGAGAAGCCGAAUGGAUGUUGUUGGGUGAAAGCAAAACAAAAAAAACGGCAGGUGUAUCAGAAGACGUGCGCGCUUUUUGACUGCGAUGGGAGUAAGGACGAUCACUACUGGCUGCUGGGCAGUGGUAGAGAAAUGCUGAAUCGAUCGUGUAGCCCAUGAGACGUGGUGCUGUUUGCUGCCUACGCUCCCCAAGGCUGGCUGAAUGAGGGAGUAUCUAAACAGUCACCUCGUAUCCACGGAAAGAGCCUGAUCAUGACGGAGAAAGGAGCACUUCAGCGGAGCGGCGGGAUGACUCCGGCUCCGCACCUGCAACCGCUAAAGACAGUCGCGAUGUCUUCUACUCGCCCGGUGCAUAUGAACCUUUUUGCCACCUGGGAAGUUGAUCGGUCAAUCCCCAACUGUGUACCCAGGCUCUUCACUUUGACCUUGAAGAAGCUGGUGAUGCUGAAAGAACUGGAUCGGGAUCUCACCUCAGUCGUCAUCGCCGUUAAACUCCAGGGUUCAAAACGAAUUCUGCGCUCCAAUGAAAUCCUGCUGGCUUCAGCCGGUCUGACCGAAACAGAUCUUCAGUUGACUUUCUCCUUACAGUACCCUCACUUCCUGAAGAGGGAUGCCAACCGACUGCAGAUCAUGCUGCAGCGCCGCAAGAGGUACAAGAACCGCACAAUACUCGGAUACAAGACCCUCGCCCUCGGACUCAUCAACAUGGCUGAGGUGAUGCAGCAUCCAUCGGAGGGGGCCAGGGUGUUAGGCCUUCACACCACGGUGAAGGACACUGCUCUGCCAGUAGCCGAGAUCCGGGUCUACUCUCUGGCCAGCCAGCCCAUCGACCACGAGGGUCCCAAGGCUAAGCUCUCAGACCGCUCCCCAGACAUCGAUUACUCUGAGGAAGAGGAGGAGAGCGACUCUUCGGAACAGGAAGGCAGCGACGACCCUCUCCAGUAUCCAUAUGAUGAUGAGGACGAGGUGCGGAAGAAAAAGCCACGGCGCAAACUCAGCACGGCUGCCUCCAACACCCGAGCAAACCCCAACAUCAAGCAGAAGUUUGUGUCGCUGUUGAAAAGGUUCAAGGUGUUCGAUGAGGUGGGCUUCGGCCUGGACCACGUGUCCCAGGAGCAGAUCCAGGAUGUGGAGGAGGACCUGGACGAGCUGUACGACAGCCUGGAGAUGUACAACCCCAGCGACAGCGGCCCGGAGAUGGACGACACCGACAGCAUCCACAGCACGCCCAAGCCAAAACUCAGGCCAUUUUUUGAGGGCAUGUCACAGUCCAGCUCACAGACAGAGUUCGGCAGCCUGAACAGUCGACACAGCCACAGAGACACCCUGAGCACAAUGGAACGUUUCAGAAUGCACCGCUCCAGCAGUGGUCACCUGGACGACGCCUCAGAGUCUGACAACCUGGAAUGUACGGAGCUGGAGGUUUUGGGUGACGUCACCCCCUCUAUCACCGUGUCGGUGGCUGAGAGACCACGCACUCCCCAGAAAAAUCACUCUCCAAGACUAGAUGGUGAGCGCACCCCCCGCCAGAGGCAUGCUGGGACCCCCAUGAAGGAGCGCCAGCUGUCCAAGCCCCUGAGCGAGCGCACCAACAGCUCCGACAGUGAGAGAUCGCCAGACCUCAACCUCACGCCACAGAUGCCGAGGAAAAUUGUUUACGAUCAGCUGAACCAGAUCCUGCUGUCGGAUAGCGCCUUGCCAGAGAGCCUGAUCCUGGUCAAUGGCUCUGACUGGCAAGGACAGUAUGUAUCUGAAGCUUUGCAGGCCCAGGACCAGGCAGCGGUAACUACCUGUUCCACCUCUGAGAUUCAGGCUGCCCUCUCUGCGCUGCUCGGACGCAUCCAGAAGUUCUGUAACUGUAACUCCAGCAUGCCGCGGCCGGUGAAGGUGGUGGCGGUGGGGGGCCAGAGCUACCUGGGGGCCAUCCUGCGCUUCUUCGUCUCCGAGCUGGCCAGCAAGACCUCCGACUGGCUCGGACACAUCCGCAUCCUGGUGGUGCCUCUGGGUUCCCAUCCGGUGGCGAAGCACCUGGCGUGUCUGGAUAACCGCUACAGUUCGGCCUUCCAGGACUCCUCAUGGCGGGAGCUGUUCAGCCGCCCCGAGCCUCCACACACAGAUGUGGAGUGUGUUGACGUGGUAUCUCGUAUCAGCCAGUACAUCAGCGGUGCCAACAUCACUCAUCAGCUGCCCAUCGCAGAGGCCAUGCUCACCUGCAAACCCAACAUGACGCAUGAAGAGGAUUCCUGCCAGAAGUUCAUCCCCUUUGUUGGUACGGUGAAGGUUGGGCUGGUUGAGCCUAGUCCAUUACAUUCAGGUCUGGAUAGUGAGGAGAGCCUGUCUGUCAAUCUGGCCGUACCCUCCACCUCUCCCCCCGCCCACGGCUCCACCAGCGGACCAAUGAAAGAUGCCAUCACCCCGCCCCCCUCUCCGUCGCUCAGCGGAUUGGCUGUCACAGGGAGCCCCAUCAUGGCCCACGGUGGGGACGCCAUCGGCCUCCAGGUGGACUACUGGACGACGUGCGGUGCGGAGAAGCGCAAGGAGGGCGAGCGGAAAGAGGGCGUCAGCUCCAAGAACACGCUGAAGAGCGCCUUCCGCUCGCUACAGGUCACGCGUCUCCCCGGCUCAGCCUCCUCUUCCUCCCUUAACUCCUCCUCUUCCUCCGCCGGCUUCGCCGAGCUCCAGCACCUGGCCAACACCAUGGCGAUGACCGUCGUCACCAAGGAGAAGAACAAGAAAGUGCCCACUAUAUUCAAGAAGCCGAAGGAGAGAGACAUCGACUCCAAGAGCCAGCUGAUCGAGGGCAUCACUAGACUCAUAUGCUCUGCCAAACAGCAACAGACCAGCCUCAGAGUGUCUGUGGACGGUCUGGAGUGGAACGAUGUCAAGUUCUUUCAGCUGGCUGCUCAGUGGCCCACCCAUGUCAAGUACCUUCCCGUGGGGCUCUUCGGCUACACCAGACCCCCCUCCUAGGACCACGCCUCCACCUGUCCAUCUGGGAGACCCAGCGCUGCCUAAGCUUCCAUCCUGACCUGAGCACAAUGCUCUGCUGUUUACCAUGACCAAUUGGUUUUCUAGGCCGGUGGGCCUGACCACCUGAGCUACACGAGGGAGUGCCACAGUGAGCUCAGCCUAGAGUGAACUGUGUCGUGUCUACGUCUUGGAGUUCUGUAUUGGGCAAAGGACCUACAUAGUGAGGUGUUGAAAUUGAACCUGUAAUAUGGCGUGCACAGCAACACAAGUGACCAUGUUUAUUUAUGCUGCAUUAUCUGAAACACUUCCAUUUUGAACUGUAUUUCUGUAUACGAGACUUGGGUGUUCUGUUUCCCAGUCUUUAAUCUCGUUCUUAUCAGUGGGUUUUGCUGUUGAUGUUGCAUUUUGUGCAAUAACACUUGAACUUUGUGUCAAUUUUAUGAUGUUCUGUAAAAAGUUUAAAAAAAGAGGUUAAAAAUAUGUUAUUGCUGUGGACAUUGAUCCUUGUAUUGCAAUAAGGUGUUCCACAAUAUGCUGUAGUAGUUAGACAGUAAAAUAUCUCUUAACAUUUUUUGUGAAAGAAAAAAUAAUCAGUGGCCUUGAUGAAAGAGACAACAUGAUCUCACAGAAUUGUGGACCAUUGUGACACAAAGUCUUAUAUUAGUACAAAAACACGUCUUUACUGACAGGUAAGGGAUUGUUUUCAUCGGGGCACAACUUAAAUGGCUAUAGAAUUAUUUUAUUUAGCAAUAGAAUUUGGUAUAGACUGACUGUCAUUACAAAACUGAUAAAACGGUGGUGGAAUAACCUACCUUUCCAGACUUCACACAGUGCUGUGGGACUGUACACUAUAGAAAGCACUUCUGUGAGUCCAUUACGGAAAACACUACUGUACCGUGACCCUAACACGGAAUUUUGUCAAAAUCCAUGAACCUGCCACAAAUUUCGUAUUCCAAGGGUCUGUGUCCAGUUCACAGAAUUCUGUGAGAUCAGGCUGCAAGAGAAGUGAAUUUUUAAACCAUGUUAAAUGAUAAGCCUGAAACGGAAUAUAGCGUGGGCCCUCCUGCACGUUACUAUGGUAACCCAUACUCGUCUCCGUGGUUGACAGCUUUUUUUGGUGGUCGUUUAUAUUUUACAGUUUUUUUCCUCAGUGUCUGUAAGAAUUAAUGAAACAUUGUACGUUGACAUGCUGCUACUAUGACCAAUGUGGCUUUCCAGGGUGAAGUCUUUUGUAUAAAUCGCCUUAUUGUGAAAAUGGAUGUGUACAUAAUAUUUAAUGGAAACUGUCUGCCAAUUGUACGAUUCAUGGCCGUUUUUGUGAACAUACGCUGUUUUUUUAAAAUACAAAGGUUCAGCUCUCGCUCUCUGCAGUUACAUUCCAGCUUUGCAUUUUGAAUUCGCCAAUGCUCUUCUCAAGCACAUUGUCAAGACUAGUAAAAGUUUGUUGUUUUCACCACUGCCAAGGUGUUCAAACAGCUCUGGUCACAUUUAUGGUAGAUAUUUCUGCAUGCAGAAUGACUCUGGAACAUGUAGUAACUCUAUUAUAGCCUACAGUAAAAUUACGUUUUCAGGAUGUUGAUGUACUGAGAGAAAAACAUAAUGUAAUAAAUAUUUUGUUUUUCA